CCUGUGAUUGGCUCCCUGGACCACAUGAUAACCUGGGUACAACCCUGGGCUGCGAGCUGUCGCCCAGCGUUUCUCCGGAGGGAAGCUGGGGAGGCUUUGGCGGCGUGGGAGACCAUCAGCUCGGAAACUACCGGGACUACAAGUGCGACCAGAGACCCUAGUGGACCACGCGGAGGUGCGCUGACCGCCGACUGGACUCUUUCUACGGACCUUCACAGGUGGAGCCGAGAUGGCGACCAUCGUGACCAAGUACGAGGAGUACGAGGAGUACGAGGAGGAGGAGGAGGGCGUGGAGUACGAGGAGGAGGAGUUUGAAGAGGAGGAAGUGGAGGAGGCGUACGAAGAGGAGGAGGAGGAGGAGGAAGUGGAGUACGAAGAGGAGUUCGAGGAGGAGGAGGAGGAGACCGUGGACGAGCAGAUGCCGACCAGCGGCGCUCAUCUUCAGCACCAUCACACGCACAGCCACCAGUCUGGCCUGCCCACCAGGAGAGUGAGCAAGAAGGUGAAGGUGGACACCUCCACCUUCAUGACUCCAUACCUGGCUCACAGCCACAAGAUGGUGGAGCAGUUCAGCAACAACAAGUACCGCCAGGCGUACGACCAGUCCAGGGGGCAACCACCCGCCAUCUCCAUGGAGACGCCCGAGAUGAUCCGCAUCCACAAGGCCCAGGAGCAACUCAGCGAGAUCAAGUACCGCAUGGAGGGCAACAAGUCCAAGACGGGCAGUUUGUACGACGGCAAGGCGCGGGAGAUCGCUCACGUCAAGCAGGUGUCAGACCUCAUCAGCAAGGUCCUCUACAGGCAGAAGUGGGACGAGACCAAGGACAAGUACCUGCUGCCCCCGGACGCUCCUGAGCUGGUCCUGGCGGUGAAGAACGCCGCAAACUGCAGCAAAAAACGUUACACGGAGGACUGGGAUGAGGAGAAGACUAUGUUCUGUCCCUACGUCGACAGCCCCGAGCUACGUCGCGUGGCCCAGGCACAGGAGGUGCUCAGCGACGUCCAGUACAAGAAAGGUCACGACCAGCGACUGGCCAAGUACACGUCCCUGCCGGACCCCCCUGAGGUGGAGCUGGCCAAGAGAGCCAACGAUCAGCGCAGUGAUCUCAAGUACAGAGAGGAGUACAAUAAGACGGUGAAGGGUCAAUGGUGUGAGACGCCCUACUUCGACGUGGCCACGGCCAGGGUGGCCAUGGAGAACCUGAGCCACAGAAAAUACACGCAAGACUACGAGGACAAAAAAGACCAAAUCUAUUUCAUGGAAACAGACACGCCGGUGUACGACACCCACAAGAAGGCUCAGUCCUCUGCGAGUGGGGUGACGUACAAGAAGGAGUACGAGAAGACAAAAGCCGAGUCGGACUACAACACGCUCCCCGCCACAGAGAAUCCUCGGCUCAGGCAGCUCAGAUACGCCGGCAACAUUCUCAGUGAUAAAGUUUACAAGGAGAACUAUGAGAAGUCCCGAGGCUCCAGCAUCAACUACUGCGAAACGCCCAAGUUCCAGAUGGACUCUGUGCUCAAACAAUUCACGGACAAGCGCUACAAAGAGAAGUACGACAACGAGGUGAAGGGUCACUACGUCGGCAGCUACGAAGACGUCUACAUGCUUCACUGCCAACAGGCGGAGGAACUGAAGAAAGAGCACCUGUACAAGGCCGACUACGAAGAGAUGAAAACCCAGUGCUUCUUCCCUCAAACCGCCACGGCCGAGUACGAAGCCACCAAGAAGCUGCAGCAGUGCAACGACAACGUUUACCGGCAACACCCGGACACGGUCAAGUUUACUCAAGUGGUGGACUCGCCGGUGAUGCUUCAAGCGGCCAUCAACGCCAAACAGCUGAGUGACCUCAACUACAAGGCAAAAUACGAGGAAACAAAGGGAAACAACAGUCUGCCUCCAGACUAUCCUUUCUUCGUGCAGUCCAGAGUGAACGCCUUCAAUAUUAGCGACAACUGCUACAGGUAUGACUGGGAGAGAGAAAAAGCCAAGAAGUUUGAGGUCAAAGGCGACGCCAUCUCGAUCCUGGCUGCCCGUGCUCACACCAACAUUGCAAGCGACGUGAAAUACAAGAAGGAAUAUGAGAAGAACAAGGGUCAGAUGGUUGGAGCGCUCAGUAUCCACGAUGAUCCCAAGAUCCUGCACUCCGUUCACGUGGCCAAGAUCCAGAGUGAUCGUGAAUACAAAAAGGACUACGAGAAGAUCAAGACCAAGUACCACACGCCGCUGGACAUGAUGUCAGUCACUCAAGCCAAGAAGUCGCAGGGCAUCGCCAGCAUGGCCGGCUACAGGAGCAUCCACACCAACUUCUUCCUUCCUCACGACACGGUGCAGCUGGACACGGCCAAGAAAGCCAACAUCAUCCAGAGCGACAAUGAGUACAAGUCCGAGUACAACCUCUACAUGAAGGGAAGCCCGUGGGUUCCUUUCGGCUCCCUAGAUGUGGAAAAAGCCAAGAACGCCGGACAAAUCCUGGAUGAGAAAAAAUACAGAACGCAUCCCGAUACCAUCCCCUUCACUUCGAUCGAUGACCACCCCGUCAUGAUGCAAGCCAAAGUCAACCAGCUCCUGAGGAGUGACCGCUUCUACAAGAAAGGUCUGGAGGAGAUCCAUCAGAAGUACUCACUGCCCGUUGACAUGCCAGAGUUCCUGCAGGCCAAGUGCAACGCCUACAACUUCAGCAAUAACUACUACAAGUACGCGUGGCAGGACACACUCGCUGAAGGUUACGACCUGAGACCUGACGCUAUUCCCAUUGUCGCCGCCAAAGCUGCCAGACACGCUGCCAGUGAUGUCCAGUACAAGAAGGCGUACCAGAAGGCCAAGGGUCAACACGUGGGCUUCCGCAGCCUGCAGGACGACCCUCUGCUGGUUCACUACAUGGAGGUGGCCAAGCUGCAGAGUGACAAGAACUACAAGAAGGACUACCACAAGCUCAAGCUGAAGUACCACACCCCGGUGGACAUGCUGAGUGUGGCCCACGCCAAACAUGCAUCCAAUGUGCAGACCUCAACCGGCUACAGGCAGCGCCACCACAAUUACUGCAUCCUACCGGACGCCAUGAACCUGGCUCUGGCUCGCACUAUGAACUACAAUGCCAGCGACUACCAAUAUAAACAAGAUUAUGAGACCUCGAUGAAAGGAAUCGGCUGGGUUCCAAUCGGCUCGCUGGAGGUGGAGAAGGCAAAGGCGGCAGCAGCAGCCCUGGAUGAGAAGAAGUACAGACAACACCCCGACACCAUCAAGUUCACCAGCGUCACCGACUCCAUGAACAUGGAGCUCGCCAAGGCCAACUCCAAGAGUCUUAAUAUGAAAAACUACAAAGCCAGCGGCGAGGAGUUCAAGCACACCUAUAGUCUUCCUGUUGAUGCUCCUGAACUGGUGCUAGCCAAAUACAACGCCGCAAACAUCAGCCAGAACUACUACACUUACGCCCACCGCAGAGAUAUGCUCAAAGGGCAUCACAUGAAGGAAGACGCUAUUCCCAUUGUUGCCGCUAAAACCUCCAGAGACAUUGCCAGCAAUUACAAGUACAAGUUGGCCCACGAGAAGGCCAGGGGUCAACACGUGGGCUUCCGCAGCCUGCAGGACGACCCUCUGCUGGUUCACUACAUGGAGGUGGCCAAGCAGCAGAGUGACAAGAACUACAAGAAGGACUACCACAAGGCCAAACUCAAGUACCACACCCCGGUGGACAUGCUGAGUGUGGCCCAGGCCAAACACUCCUCAGGUGUCCAGACCAUGAUUGGCUACAGGACGUACCUUCACGACUACACGCUCCUUCCUGACAACAUGCAGGUGCAGCUCUGCAGGGACAUGAUGGAGAAACAGAGUGACAACGCAUACAAGUCCGACUACACCAACUACUACAAAGGAUCAGGCUGGGUUCCCAUUGGUUCUCUGGACGUUGAGAAAGCCAAAGCUGCCCACCUGGCCCUGGAUGAGAGGGGCUACCGUCAGCAUCCCAGCUCUCUCAAGUUCACCAGCACCACCGACAGCAUGAACAUGACUCUGGCCAUGGCCAACUCCAAGCAGCUGGACAGUGCCGCCUACAAGGCUUCUGGUGAGAAGUUCAAGCACACCUAUCACCUGCCGGCUGACAGUCCCCAGUUCAUCCAGGCCAAGUUUAAUGCUCAGACCCUCAGUGAGAGUCAAUACAGGCAGAAGUGGAUGGACGAUAUCGCCAAAGGAUACGACCUGAGGCUGGACGCCAUUCCCAUCCAGCAUGCCAAGCAAGGCAGACAUAUUGCCAGCAAUGUGCAAUACAAGAAAGACUUUGAGAAGGCCAGGGGUCACCACGUGGGCUUCCGCAGCCUGCAGGACGACCCUCUGCUGGUUCACUACAUGGAGGUGGCCAGGUUUCAGAGUGACAAGAACUACAAGAAGGACUACCACAAGGCCAAGCUGAAGUACCACACCCCGGUGGACAUGCUGAGCGUGGUCCACGCCAAGCAGGCCUCAGCCGCUCAGACGAUGACCGGCUACAGGAAGAUGCACCACAGCAACGCUCUCCUCCCUGACGCCAUGAACUUUGUGUUGGCUCGCACCAUGAACGCCCAGUCCAGCGAUUGUGACUACAAGUCGGAAUGGAACAACUACAUAAAAGGUAUCGGCUGGGUCCCCAUCGGCUCCCUUGCGGUAGAAACGGCGAAGGUCGGUGGUGAGAUUCUCGACGAGAACAAGUACCGCACUCACCCGUCCACCUUCAAGCACAAAAAGCUGAUGGACUCCAUGGACAUCGCUCUGGCCACGGCCAACAACCAGAUCAUGAACAAGCAAGCUUACACGGCCGCUUGGGAAAAGGACAAACUGAAAGUCCACGUCAUGCCAGAUGCUCCUGAGAUUGUCCUGGCCAAGGCCAACGCUCUCAACAUGAGCAACAAACUUUACAAAGCCGGCCUUGUAGAGCUGGCCAACAAGGGCUACAACCUAAAAGCAGACGCCAUUCCAAUCGUAGCUGCCAAGUCAGGCACAAGUAUUGCUAGCAACUACAAGUACAAACUGGCACACGAGAAGGCCAGGGGUCACCACGUGGGCUUCCGCAGCCUGCAGGACGACCCUCUGCUGGUUCACUACAUGGAGGUGGCCAGGUUUCAGAGUGACAAGAACUACAAGAAGGACUACCACAAGGCCAAGCUGAAGUACCACACCCCGGUGGACAUGCUGAGCGUGGUCCACGCCAAGCAGGCCUCAGCCGCUCAGACGAUGACCGGCUACAGGAAGAUGCACCACAGCAACGCUCUCCUCCCUGACGCCAUGAACUUUGUGUUGGCUCGCACCAUGAACGCCCAGUCCAGCGAUUGUGACUACAAGUCGGAAUGGAACAACUACAUAAAAGGUAUCGGCUGGGUCCCCAUCGGCUCCCUUGCGGUAGAAACGGCGAAGGUCGGUGGUGAGAUUCUCAACGAGAACAAGUACCGCACUCACCCGUCCACCUUCAAGCACAAAAAGCUGAUGGACUCCAUGGACAUCGCUCUGGCCACGGCCAACAACCAGAUCAUGAACAAGCAAGCUUACACGGCAGCUUGGGAAACAGAUAAACUGAAAGUCCACGUCAUGCCAGAUGCUCCCGAGAUCGUCCUGGCCAAGGCCAACGCUCUCAACAUGAGCAACAAACUGUACAAAUCUGGCCUGGCGGAGAUGGCCAACAAGGGCUACGACCUCCGAGCUGAUGCCAUCCCCAUUCUGGCUGCAAAGUCCGGCACCAACAUCGCCAGCGACUACAAGUACAAGUUGGCCUACGAGAAGGCCAGGGGCCAACAUGUGGGCUUGCGCAGCGUGCAGGACGACCCUCUGCUGGUUCACUACAUGGAGCUGGCCAAGCAGAAGAGCGACCAGAACUACAAGAAGGACUACCACACGGCCAAGCUGAAGUUCCACUCGCCGGUGGACAUGGUGAGCGUGGUCCACGCUAAACACGCCUCAGCUAUUCAGACCAUGACCGGCUACAAGAAGCUUAGUCCUCACUACACCGUCCUGCCUGACGCCAUGAACCUGGAACUGGCCCGCAACAUGCAGUUCAUUGCGAGUGAUAACCAAUACAAGAGUGAGUACCAGAGCUUCAUCAGAGGAAUAGGAUGGGUCCCUAUUGGUUCACUGGAUGUUGAGAAGGCAAAAACAGCUGGCAAAAUCUUAAGUGAGACACAAUACCGGCAACAUCCCAGUAAAUAUAAGUUCACUAAAGACAUGCAAUCCAUGGACCUGGCCCUGGCCACUGCUAACAACCAGAUAAUGGAUAAGCAAUCUUACACCAAAGUCUGGGACGUCGACAAGAGAACCAUUCACAUCAUGCCGGACGCCAUGGACAUUAUUCUGGCCCGGGACAACAGGAAAAACUACAGCGAGAAACUGUACCGACUGGACCACGAGCUGGCCAAGAAGGAGGGUCACAAUCUCCAGGCUGACGCCAUCCCUGUCCAGGCUGCCAAGGCCUCGAACAUCAUUGCUAGCGACUACAAGUACAAGGCUGGAUACCGCAGGCAGGUGGGCCACCACAUCGGGGCCCGCAGCGUCCAGGACGACCCUCUCCUCAUGCUGGCCCUGAACUCCGCCAAGAUCGCCAGCGACGCCCUCUACAAGAAGGACUUCAACCAGUCCAAGACCAAGUUCAACCUGCCAGUGGACAUGCUGGCCUUUGAACUGGCCAAGAAGAACCAGAUGCAGGUCAACCACACCAACUACAUCACCCGCCUGCACAACUGGACCUGCCUGCCCGACUCCAACGAUGUGGUCCAGGCCAGACACGCCUACAACCUGCAGAGCGACGCGGUCUACAAAGAGGAGCUGAAGACCCUGCAGGGGAUCGGCUGGGUGCCCAUUGGCUCGCUGGACGUGGAGAAGGUGAAGAAAGCUGGCGAGAUCUUGAACGAGAGAAAGUACCGUCAGCACCCCAGCAACUACAAGUUUAAGGUCACUACAGAGGACAUGCCCAUGGUUCUGGCAAAGGCCAACGCUCAAGUCAUGAACAAGCAAGCCUACACUGAAGCCUGGGAGGCAGACAAGACUCUCAUCCACGUCAUGCCGGACGCUAUGGACGUUGUGCUGGCCAAAGCAAACAGAGCCAACUACAGCCUGAAAGCUUACAAGCAAGCAAAUGAAGAUGCAAAGAAGAAAGGUUACGACAUGCGCAAUGAUGCCAUACCCAUCAUCGCAGCGAGACUCUCCAGGGACAUUGCCAGCGAUUACAAGUACAAGACAGGAUACCGCAGGCAGGUGGGCCACCACAUCGGGGCCCGCAGCGUCCAGGACGACCCUCUCCUCAUGCUGGCCCUGAACUCCGCCAAGAUCGCCAGCGACGCCCUCUACAAGAAGGACUUCAACCAAUCCAAGACCAAGUUCAACCUGCCAGUGGACAUGCUGGCCUUUGAACUGGCCAAGAAGAACCAGAUGCAGGUCAACCACACCAACUACAUCACCCGCCUGCACAACUGGACCUGCCUGCCCGACUCCAACGAUGUGGUCCAGGCCAGACACGCCUACAACCUGCAGAGCGAUGUUGUCUACAAAGAGGAGCUGAAGACGCUGCAGGGUAUUGGCUGGGUGCCUAUUGGCUCGCUGGAUGUGGAGAAGGUGAAGAAAGCAGGUGAGAUCCUGAAUGAGACUAAGUAUCGUCAGCACCCCAGCAACUACAAGUUUAAGGUCACAAUCGAGGACAUGCCCAUGGUUCUGGCUAAGGCCAACGCUCAAGUCAUGAAUAAGAAAGCCUACAUCGAAGCCUGGGAAAAUGACAAGACCAAUAUUCACGUCAUGCCGGACGCCAUGGACGUGCUUCUUGCCAAAGCAAACAAUGUCAACUAUAGCUUGAAAGCUUACAAGCAGGCACAUGAAGAUGCAAAGAAGAAGGGUUAUGACAUGCGCAAUGAUGCCAUACCCAUCAUUGCGGCAAAGGCUUCCAGGGACAUUGCCAGCGAUUACAAGUACAAGGCUGGAUACCGCAGGCAGGUGGGCCACCACAUCGGGGCCCGCAGCGUCCAGGACGACCCUCUCCUCAUGCUGGCUCUGAACUCCGCCAAGAUCGCCAGUGAGGUCCUCUACAAGAAGGACUUCAACCAGUCCAAGACCAAGUUCAACUUGCCUGUGGACAUGUUGGCCUUUGAACUGGCCAAGAAGAACCAAAUGCAGGUCAACCACACCAACUACAUCACCCGCCUGCACAACUGGACCUGCCUGCCCGACUCCAACGAUGUGGUCCAGGCCAGACACGCCUACAACCUGCAGAGCGACGCGGUCUACAAAGAGGAGCUGAAGACUCUGCAGGGUGUUGGCUGGGUGCCUAUUGGCUCGCUGGAUGUGGAGAAGGUGAAGAAAGCUGGCGAAAUCUUAAAUGAGAGAAAGUACCGUCAGCACCCGAGCAACUACAAGUUUAAGGUCACUACAGAACACAUGCCCAUGGUUCUGGCAAAGGCCAACGCUCAAAUCAUGAAUCAGAAAGCCUACAUCGAAGCCUGGGAAAAUGAGAAGACCAAUAUCCAUGUCAUGCCGGACGCCAUGGACGUGCUUCUUGCAAAAGCAAACAAUGUUAACUAUAGCUUGAAACAUUACAAGCAGGCGAACGAAGACGCCAAGAAGAGGGGUUACGACUUGCCCAAAGAUGCCAUUUCCAUCAUCGCGGCAAAGGCUUCCAGGGACAUUGCCAGCGACUACAAGUACAAGACAGGAUACCGCAAUCAAGUGGGCCACCACAUCGGGGCCCGCAGCGUCCAGGACGACCCUCUCCUCAUGCUGGCUCUGAACUCCGCCAAGAUCGCCAGUGAGGUCCUCUACAAGAAGGACUUCAACCAGUCCAAGACCAAGUUCAACCUUCCAGUGGACAUGCUGGCCUUUGAACUGGCCAAGAAGAACCAGAUCCAGGUCAACCACGCCAACUACAUCACCCGCCUGCACAACUGGACCUGCCUGCCCGACUCCAACGAUGUGGUCCAGGCCAGACACGCCUACAACCUGCAGAGCGACUCUGUCUACAAGGCCGACUUGAAGUGGCUCCAGGGUAUCGGCUGGGUCCCUGCUGGCUCACUGGAGGUAGAGAAGGCCAAGAAGGCUGCAGAUAUCCUGAGUGAACGGAAGUACCGUCAGCCUCCCAGCGCUUUUCCCUUCACCAGCACCAGCGAUGCAAUGAACUUGACGCUGGCGAAGAAUAACGCUUUAACCAUGAACAAGCGUCUCUACGUUGAAGCGUGGGAGAACGAUAAGACCAACCUGCACAUCAACCCUGAUACUCCCGAGAUCAUCCUUUCUCAGCAGAACGCUAUAAACAUGAGCAGGAAACUCUACAGACAAGGUUUUGAGGCCACCAUCAAGAAAGGCUACUUCCUACCAGCAGACGCAAUCGCUGUGAAGAGUGCCAAGGCCUCGAGGGAUAUUGUCAGUGAUUACAAGUACAAGACGGGCUACCGGCAACAAGUGGGCCACCACAUCGGCGCUCGUAGCAUCCGCGAUGACCCUCUGAUCAUGCUGGCUCUGAACUCCGGCAACAUCGCCAGCGAUGUCCUCUACAAGAAGGACUUCAACAAGUCUAAGACCAAGUUCAACCUACCGGUGGACAUGCUCAGCCUUGAACUGGCCAAGAAAUGCCAGAUCCAGGUCAACCACGCCAACUACAUCACCCGCCUGCAUCAGUGGACUUGUUUGCCCGACUCCAACGACGUGGUCCAGGCCAGGAAAGCCUACGAUCUUCAGAGUGACGCGGUGUACAAAGCGGACCUGGAAGAGAUUGUGGGUGUCGGGUGGGUGCCUAUCGGCUCGCUGGAUGUGCUGAAAGCCAAGCAUGCUGGGAAGAUUCUGAGUGACCGUCUUUACAAGCUGAAGCCAGACACUCAGAAAUACACAACAGACAUGACUUCCAUGCCCAUGCUCCUCGCCAAAGUAAAUGCUGACAACAUGAACAAGAAAAACUACAUUGCUUCUUGGGAGGCUGAAAAAGUGAGGAAUCACGUAAAUGAUCAACUGCCCGAGCUGCUCCUCUCCAAAGCAAACGCUUACAACAUCAGCAAGAAACUGUACAAGCAAGCCGUGGAGGACAUGUUCAGACAGGGCUACAACAUGAAAGCUGAUGCAGUCUCUAUAGUAGCUGCCAAACACGGAAGAGAUAUAAUUAGUGACUACAAGUACAAGACCGGAUACCGCAGACAAGUCGGCCACCACAUCGGUGCACUUAGCAUUAAAGACGACCCUCUGAUCAUGCUGGCCCUGAACUCUGGUCAGAUCGCCAGCGACGUCCUGUACAAGAAGGACUUUAACAAGUCCAAGACCAGGUUCAACCUGCCUGUGGACAUGCUGAACCUCGAGCUGGCCAAGAAAUGCCAGAUCCAAGUCAACGACUUCAACUACAGAACUCAUCUGCACAAUUGGACCUGUCUGCCGGACUCAAAUGACGUGGUCCAGGCCAGGAAGGCGUACAACCUUCAGAGUGACGCUGUGUACAAAGCGGACAUGGAAUGGAUCAAGGGAGCAGGGUGGGUCCCCAUCGGCUCAGUGGAUGUCGAGAAAGCUAGAAAAGCGUCCGAGAUCUUGAGCGAGAGGAGGUAUCGUCAGCCUCCCAGCAACUUCAAAUUCACAGCCAAUAUUGCCGACAUGCCGUUUGCUCUCGCUCUGGCCAACGCCAAAACCAUGGAUAAGAAAGCGUACGUGUCGGCGUGGGAGAGCGACAAGACCAACCUUCACAUCAUGCCUGAUACACCCGCGAUCAUCCUGGCCAAGCAGAAUAAACUCAACACCAGUCUGAAAUAUUACCGUGAAGGCUACAUGGACACCAUUAGAAAUGGUUACAUCCUCCCUAAAGACGCGAUUUCGGUUAAAUCAGCCAAAGCCUCUCGGGACAUCAUCAGCGAUUACAAAUACAAGACGGGCUACCGCAAUCAGCGUGGUCAUCACAUCGGCGCCCGCAACGUGAGGGACGACCCACUGAUUAUGCUGGCCGCUCACGCCGCCAGAAUCUCCAGCGACAACAUCUACAAGAAGGACUUCAACAUGACCAAGACCAAAUAUAAUCUGCCUGUUGACAUGCUGGCCCUGGAAUUGGCAAAGAAAUGCCAGCAGCAAGUGAACGACUUCACCUACAGGACUCACCUGCACCAGUGGACCUGCCUGCCUGACUCCAGCGACGUCGUCCAGGCCCGCAAGGUCUACGACCUCCAGAGUGACGCUGUGUACAAGGCCGACAUGGAGUGGUUCAAGGGAUGCGGCUGGUCGCCAGAAGGUUCCGUGGCUGUUGUCAAAGCCAAAAGGGCACAAGACAUUCUCAACGAAAGACUGUACCGUCAGCCCCCGAGCAUGGUCAAGUUCACCAGUGUGGUUGACCUGCCGGCCAUUGUCCUGUCCAAGCAAAAUGCAAAGAACCUCAGCGCUAGGAAUUACACCGAACUUUGGGAGAAUGAAAAGACAUCCUUUAUGCUCCCGGCUGACACUCCUGGCCUUCAGUUGUCCAAGGCAAACUCUAUCAACAUCAGCAAUAAACUGUACACUAAGGCUUGGGAUGAUCAGAAAGCCAAAGGCUACCUUAUCAAGGAGGAUGCCAUCGCUGUUCUCAAGGCCAAAGCUUCCAGAGAUAUAAUUAGCGACUACAAGUAUAAGGAAGGAUACCGCAGGCAGGUGGGCCACCACAUUGGCGCCCGCAGUGUGCAAGACGACCCCUUGAUCAUGCUGGCUAUGAACUCGGCCAAGAUCGCCAGCGAAGUCCUCUACAAGAAGGACUUCAACAAGUCCAAGACCAAGUUCAACCUUCCAGUGGAUAUGCUGAACCUUGAAUUGGCCAAGAAAUGCCAGAUUCAAGUCAACGACUUUAACUACAGAACACAUUUGCACAACUGGACCUGCCUGCCGGACUCCAACGAUGUUGUCCAGGCCAGAAAGGCGUAUGACCUGCAGAGCGAUGCCGUGUACAAAGCCGAUAUGGAGUGGCUACGUGGAUGUGGUUGGAUACCACAUGAGUCGGUGGAGGUUUUAAGGGUGAAGAAUGCACAGAAUAUCCUGGCUGAUAGAGGCUACAGGGUCAAGCUGGACGACCAGACCUUUGGUGUUCCAACUGACAGAGUGGACUUGAUGUGUGCCAAGAAUGCUGCUGAUGUACUCAACGAGACCAAAUAUCGUGAGGCUUGGCAUAAGGAUAAGACCAACUACACGCUGGUGGACACUCCGACGAUGGCCACAGCCAGAGAGGCCACUAAGAAUGUUCACCCGAAACUUUACUCCAAUGACUGGGAAAAGGUGAAGGCCACUGGCUACUUUAUGCCUGAAGAUGCAGUGUCAAUAAAGCAGUGCAUCAAAUCGUCUAAAAUUCAAAGCCCUUAUAAAUACCUGGAGGGAUACCGUAAGCAGGUCGGCCACCACAUUGGUGCUCUCAGCGUCCAGGACGACCCUCUCCUCAUGUUGGCUCUCAACUCAGCCAAGAUCGCCAGUGAUGCCCUCUACAAGAAGGACUUCAACAAGUCCAAGACCAAAUUUAACCUCCCAGUGGACAUGCUGCAGUUUGAGCUGGCCAAGAAAUGCCAGAUACAAGUCAACGAUGAUAAAUACAGGACCCGCCUUCACGAGUGGACUUGUCUGCCAGACCAGAAUGAUGUCAUCCAGGCCAAGAAAGCCUACGAUCUUCAGAGCGAUUAUGUGUACAAAGCGGAUAUGGAAUGGUUUCGGGGCUGCGGAUGGGUGGCAGCCGAAUCUGUUGACCACGUCAGAGUCAGGAACGCUCAAGAAAUUGUCAAUGAAAGGAUCUACAAGAAGAACGCCAUUGAAGGCUUUGGAGAUUUUACCCUGGUGGCCGAUUACCCAGAGCUUGUCUUGGCAAAGAUGAAUGCCACCAACGUCAGUGAUCUUAAGUACAAAGAAACCUUCAAUGCUGAGAAAGGUCAGUACAUUGGUUCCGUAGACACUCCUCAACUGGCCCAUAGCAGGGAGAUGACCAAGAAUUGCAGUGAGAAACUCUACAAGCUCAAUUGGGACAAGUCUAAGGCUUUAAGCUACCAGCUGGACGAGGAAUACAUCCCACUUGUCCGCGGGAAGCAUGGCAGGGAGAUUGCGAGCGACGUAAAGUACAAGGAUGCCCACGAGAAGGUAAAAGGUCAUUACAUGGCUGAAACCUUGGAGGACUUCCCAGAGGUGAUCCGAUGUGGCGAUCAGGAGAAGAACAAGGGCCUGAGGCUUUACACCAAGGACUACCACGCGACUAAAAUGAAGACCCACAUCCCAACAGACGUCAUUGCCAACAGGGUGGCCAAGCGUUGCCAAGACAUGCUAAGCGACAUCAUCUACCGCACCUACCUGCACGAGUGGACCUGCCAUCCCGAUCAGGAAGACGCCAUUCGCGCUCGCAAGACCAACGAGAUUCUCAGCGAUGUGUUCUACAAGGAAGACCUGACCUGGAUGAAGGGUAUCGGUUGCUACGUUUGGGACACACCAGAGAUUAUUCGUGCCCAGGAGGCCUACCAGAUCCAAAGUGAGCUGAAGUACAGAGAAGAGGCCAAAAAAGAGUUCAACAACUACUCCAUCGUGACGGACACGCCGGUCUAUGUGACAGCGGUUCUGGGCCACACGUGGGCCAGUGAUCUGAACUACCGGGAGGCGUAUCAUAAGGAAAAGCACCUGUACACCACUGUGCUGGACACCUACGACUACGCCAGAUGCCACAACUUCAAAGAAUUCUUCAGUAACAAAAAAUACACCGGUCUCUGGGACAAAAUCAAAGCCAAAAGCUACCAGAUCCCCCAUGACUCACGUGACAUGCAACACGCUAAAACCCAGAAGAUCAUUGGCAGCAGCAUAAAGUACAAGGAGGAUUAUGAAAAGUUCAAAUCGAUCUACAGUCUGCCCAAGUCACUGGAGGACGAUCCUGCCACCGCUCGCUGCAUAAAUGUCGGAAAACUGGUCCUGGACCGCCUGUACAAAGAGAGCUAUGAGAAGUCCAAGGCCAGGAACCACAUCCCUCCAGACAUGCUGGAGGUCCUGUCAGCUCGCAGCACCCAGGACAAAGUUAGCUACAUCAACUACCGCAAGUAUCUGCACGAGUGGAUCUGUCUUCCUGACAUGCAGAUGAACGUCCAAGCGCGCAGAGUCAAUGAGCAGCUCAGUGACAUCUUCUACAAAGACGAUCUGAACUGGCUUAAGGGUAUUGGCUGCUAUGCCUGGGACACCCCAGAGAUCCUGCGUGUCAAGAAGGCUGGCGAUCUUCAAAGCGAAAACAAGUACAGAGCCAAGGGUAUCGAGGCUUUCAAGGAGUACUCAAUGGUGACAGACACUCCGGUCUAUCAGACUGCCAAGCAGAACGCAGUAAACCAGAGCGAUCUGCACUACCAUUCUGAUUACGUCACCCACGUGAAAGGAACCAACACCGCUCCCGCGGUCACUGUGGAACUGGAGAGAGCUCGCUUGGCCAACCACAUUCAAAGCGAUAACUGGUACAAGGUGGCUAAUAAAAACUACAUGCCCACUGGGUACACCCUGCCCCAUGACACACCUCUCAACAAGCUGGUGAAGAACAACACCUUUGUUAGCAGCCUUGUGAAGUACAAGGAGGCCUAUGAGAUGAGCAAGGCGAAGGGUUACACCAUCAACCCAGAGGGCGUCAACUUUGUCAACUACAGGAAGGUGAACAAGAUCUCAAACGAGCGCCUGUACCGGGAAGACUAUCACAAGCAUAAGGACAAGAUCCACACCACUUACGACACCCCCGAAAUCAAACAAGUCAAGUUGAACCAGGAUCAUAUCAGCGAUUUGUGGUACAAAGAGAAAUACUUCAACAGCAGAGGGCAGCUGAUCUCCAUGCCCAUGACGCCAGAGCUGAUGCACUUCUACCACGUCAACCACAUCAACAGCGAGCUGAAGUACAAGGAAGAUCUGACGUGGCUCAGAGGCAUCGGCUGUUUCAUGUACGACACCCCGGAGAUGGUCCGCAUCCGCAAAAUCACUAAGUUCAAAGCCGACUACCCAGUGGAAGCCAAGAUGAACCUCCCUAACUUCUCCUCGGUCCUGGACACUCCAGAGUACAAACGUGUGAGCGAGCUCAGGAGCCACUUGAGUCAUCUGAUCUACAAAGCUAAGAGCAAAGAGGACAGGGCAAAGGUGUCCACCACCGCCGACGCAGUGGACAUCAGGAGAGCCAAAUGGGCCCAGCAGCUGACAAACCAUUACAAGUACACGGACCUGGCAGCUAAAGAACGUCCCCACUACAAACUGGAACUUGAAACACCAAACAUGGGCCUCGCGAGGAAGACCAAAGUGAUGUACAGUGACAUCAAGUACAAAGAGCAAUAUGACAGGAUGAAGCACAAGUACACCACAAUUGCCGACACACCCUUCCUGAUCUGCUCCAAGAAGUCCUACAUCCAGUCCAGUGAUCUGCGAUACAAAGAGACCUUCGAGCUGGCUAAAGGACACUACCACUUUGUGAAAGACGCCCUGGACAUCACCUACCAUCGCAGAGUCACCGACGACAUCAGCAAUGUCAAGUACAGGGAAAAGUACAUUAGCUCUCGGGGAACAUGGAAGUCCAUCCCGGACCGCCCGGAGUUCUUCUUCAACAGAACUGUCAAUGACAACGUCAGCACGGUGAAGUACAAGGAGGACCUGGACUGGCUGAGAGGGAUCGGCUGCUACGUGUGGGACACGCCCGAGCUGCUGCGGGCCGAGAAGAACAAGGCGCUGUACAGUGGGAUUGUUUACAAGAGCUCUUUGGAGAAAAACCUCGGGAACUUCAAGUACACGUCCAAUUCCCCGUUCUUCCACACCGUCAAGCACGCCUCCAGCCUCAUCGAUCAGAAAAGGUACACAUCGAGAGCCAAGGAUCUGCUCAGGAGCGGCUGCAAUGAGCUACACCGGCCCGACAUCCUCACAGCCCUCUACGGGACCGUGUUGGGUAGUAAGUGGCAUUACAGGGAGCAGUACGAGCGCGCCAAGGACAAGUUCACCUCCAUCCUGGACACCCCCGUCUACGAAACCCACAAACGCAGCCUGAAGAUCGGCGAUAUCGUCUACAAGAUGGACUACAACAAGAACAAGGCCAGGGGCUACACGCUGCCGUACGACACCCCGCACCAGCAGCUGAUGAAGAAGGUCAAGGACUUCCCCAGCAGCCUCAAGUACCGGGAGGUGUACGAGAGGAACAAGGCCCAGAUCAACAUCGACCCGGAGGCUCACUCCAUCCGCGCCGCCAAGGAGGCCUACAACAACACCACCAACCUCCAGUACAAGAAGAAGUACGAGGCCAUGAAGGACAAGUGGAGCUGGACGGUGGACAGGCCCGACUUCCUCACCGCCGCCAGAAGCACCGCCCAGCAGAGCGAGGUGGAGUACAAGUACGACAGGGAGAUCAUGAAGGGGUGUGUGACGCCCAUUGUGGACGACAAGCUCACCGUCCUGGCCCUGAAGAACAACGUGCUGGCCAGCCAGCUGAAGUACAAGGAGAAGUACGAGAAGGCCAAAGGCCACUACCUGCACGUUGCCGACACGCCUCAAAACCUCCACUCCAAGUCCGUGCGCCACCUUUCAUCCGAGACCAAGUACAAGGCGGCCAGCAAGAAACAGAGGCAGUCCGGCUCCUUUACCGUCAUGCCGGAGACCCGGGACACGGUCCACAGUAAGGAAGUCAACAAGCUCGUCAGCAAGAAUGUGUACAAAGCCAAGUUUGAGAAGGAGAAGGGCAAGGCGGUGUACAACCACAUGAGGGUGCCACCUGAUGUCGGCCAUGCCAUGGACGUCAACAUAAAACAGAGCGACCUGGCCUACAAGAAGAACGCCAAGGCCAACCUUCACUACACAACCGUGGUGGACCGACCCGACAUCAAGAAGGCCACUCAGACGGCUAAACUCGUCAGCGAGAUUGGCUACCGUAACAAAGCCCGAGAAGAGGCCAGUCGUGGAGGUUCUCUGGUCUACCGGCCGGACAUCAAGUUGGCCACGGACGUGUGCAAGCUGAACAGCCAGAAGGAGGCCCCGCCCUCCCCCCAUGGACUGGCCUCCUAUGACACGCCCCAGAUGCGCCACAUUAAGAAAAUAAGUGCGAUGACGAGUGACCUGAAGUACAAGGAGAAGUUUGACAAGGAAAUGAAGGGCAAGCGUCCGCAGUACGACCUGAAGGAGAGCAAGAUCUACCAGACGUAUAAGGACGCCAACACGCUCGCCAGUGAGGUGAAGUACAAAGGUGACCUGAAGAAGAUGCACAAGCCCGUGACCGACAUGGCCGAGUCUCUGUCCAUGCAGCACGGCCUGAGCACCAGCAGGCUGUCCAGCGACCUCUGCUACAAGAGGAAGUAUGAGGAGAGUAGGGGUCACUACCACAUGAUCCCUGACACACCAGAGCAGCUUCAUCACAAGGAGGCUUCUGAGCUGCAGAGCCACAUCAAGUACAAGGAGAAGUACGAGAAGGAGAGGGGCAAGGCCAUGUUGGACUUUGAGACGCCCACAUACGUCACGGCCAAGGAGGCGCAGCACAUGCAGAGCGAGAAAGAAUAUAAGAAGGACUUUGAGGAGUCCAUGAAGGGCAAGAACCUCUCCGGCUUGGAGGUCACGCCCGCCAUGCUCCAUGUCAGACACGCCACCAAAAUAGCCAGUGAGAAAGAGUACAGGAGGGAUCUAGAAGAGGGCGUGAAGGGUAAAGGGCUAACUGUGCUGGAGGAAACUCCUGAGCUUUUGAGAGCAAGGAAUGCCACUCAAAUCCUGUGUGAGAAAGACUACAAGAAGGGACUGGAGCAGGACAUCAAGGGCAAGGGAAUGUUGGCUCUGGCGAAUGACACCCCGGACUUCAUGAGGGCAAAGAACGCCACCGACAUCCUCAGCCAGGUGAAGUACAAGCAGACCGCAGAGAUGGACCGAGGCAGCUACACCAGCGUCAUCGAUACUCCGGACAUCAUCCACGCGCAGCAGAUGAAGAAUAUCAUCAGCCAGAAAAAGUACAAAGAAGAAGCCGAGAAGACCAUGUCUCACUACGUGCCAGUUCUGGACACUCCUGAGAUGCUGAGAGUCCGUGAGAACCAGAAGAACUUCAGCACUCUUCAGUACCAGACUGACCUUAAGUUCAUAAAGGGCAAAGGGUCUGCUGUAAUCAACACCCCUGAAAUGCUUCGUGUUAAAGAGAAUACAAAGAAUUUCAGCCUGAUUCAAUACAAAGACGAUUUGGGAGGAGGAACCGCGUUGCCUGAAACCCCUGAGAUGGAGAGGGUUAAACAAAACCAGCGCAACAUAAGCACGAUACAGUACAAGGAUUCUCUGAGUCAAGGCACAGCCAUACCUGAUCUCCCUGAGGUGAAGCGGGUCCGAGAAACCCAGAAGAAUAUCAGCUCGCUGCAAUACAAAGAAGACUUGGGACAAGGCACGUCAGUGUCAGAGACACCAGAGAUGGAGCGAGUUAGACGCAAUCAGCGCAACAUAAGCACGAUACAGUACAAGGAUUCUCUGAGUCAAGGCACAGCCAUACCUGAUCUCCCUGAGGUGAAGCGGGUCCGAGAAACCCAGAAGAAUAUCAGCUCGCUGCAAUACAAAGAAGACUUGGGACAAGGCACGUCAGUGUCAGAGACACCAGAGAUGGAGCGAGUUAGACGCAAUCAGCGCAACAUAAGCACGAUACAGUACAAGGAUUCUCUGAGUCAAGGCACAGCCAUACCUGAUCUCCCUGAGGUGAAGCGGGUCCGAGAAACCCAGAAGAAUAUCAGCUCGCUGCAAUACAAAGAAGACUUGGGACAAGGCACGUCAGUGUCAGAGACACCAGAGAUGGAGCGAGUUAGACGCAAUCAGCAAAAUAUUAGCACGAUCAAAUACAGGGACUCUUUGGACCGGGGAACAGCUAUACCAGACCUGCCAGAGGUGAAGCGGGUCAAGCAAACCCAGAGGCACAUCAGCUCGGUCUUGUAUAAGGACAGUUCUGCCAAGGGAACCCCCAUGGUGUACACUCCAGAGAUGGAGCGAGUCAAAAGGAACCAAGAGAACAUUAGCUCGGUGUUGUAUUCCGACAGCUUCCGCAAGCAAGUCCAGGGCAAGGCCGCCUUCAUUCUGGACACCCCCGAGAUGAGGCGUGUCAGGGAAACCCAGCGCAACAUAUCUGGGGUGCGAUACCACGAGGACUUUGAGAGGAGCAAGGGCAGCUUCACCCCCGUCACCACGGACCUGGUGAUGGAGCGCGUGAAGAAGAACACCCAGGACUUCAGCGACAUCAACUACCGCGGCAUCCAGAGGCGCGUGGUGGAGAUGGAGAAGAGACGCGCCGUGGAACAGGACCAGGAAACCAUCACUGGUCUGAAGGUGUGGCGCACCAACCCCGGCUCUGUGUUUGACUACGAUCCCGCCGAGGACAACAUCCAGUCUCGCAGUCUGCACCUGAUGUCAGUGCACGCACAACGCCGCAGCAAGGACCACUCCCGCUCCACCAGCGCCCUGAGCGGCAUGGCGGACGAGAAAUCUGAGCUGUCCCAAGACUACUACGUGUCCACCCAGGGCCACCGCUUGUCCACCCAGGACCACGGAGUGUCCACCCAGGGCUACCGCGUGGCUGCCCAAGACCACAGCGUGUCCACCCAGGACCACGGAGUGUCCCCCCAGGGCUACCGCUUGUCCACCCAGGACCAGAGCGUGUCCACCCAGGACCACGGAGUGUCCCCCCAAGGCUACCGCUUGUCCACCCAGGACCACGGAGUGUCCACCCAGGGCUACCGCAUUUCCACCCAGGACCUUGGAGUGUCCACCCAAGGCUACCGCAUUUCCACCCAGGGCCAGCGUGUGUCCACCCAGGACCACCACGUGUCCACCCAGGACCACCACGUGUCCACCCAUGACCACCAUGUGUCCAGCAACGGACUCAUAACUUGCUCCAUGGGUUACUUACACCCGAAGACUGUGGAGGUCCAGCAGAGGUCUUCUUCUGUGGCCACGCAGCAGACCACCGUCUCCUCCAUCCCCUCUCAUCCCUCCACCACCGGGAAAACGGUGCGUGCCAUGUACGACUACCUGGCGGCGGACAGCGACGAGGUGUCCUUCAAGGACGGCGACGUCAUCCUCAACGUGCAGUCCAUCGACGAGGGCUGGAUGUACGGCACCGUGCAGCGCACCGGCAAGACCGGCAUGCUGCCCGCCAACUACGUGGAAGUCGCUUGAACGCCGCCACGCCCGCUGGGAUCGAUGCAAUGUGUGUGUGUGUCCGUGUGCGUGUGUGUGUGUGUCUCAAGUCUGAUCCUUCUAGUCCUCCGACAUGAACGACUCCAACUUGACUCUUUCACCGACUCCUUUGGGGAGAAGACGACUAAACGUGCCACGGACUAAGUUGGAACCCUCACCGCUCUUGACGAGUCGGAGGAGAAAAAACUGGAGAGCGUCUCCCACCAUGUAGUCCGCUAGCUUGUUUGGGUUUUUGAUGGCGAGGGGGACGUCCUUCAGCCCGUAGCGAAUAAAGCCAAGCUCCUGCAGUA